GGAGACAGGAAUAACGAAAUCCAGACUACAGCACGCAACGCGGGCAGCCGAAAGGAGGGAACGGAAAGGCCGAGCCUACAAGUACAAGCGCCGAAAGCGAAUCGUGCCCGAUUGCAAAAAGCUAUGAAUAACAAUGACUGAUGCACAGUUAUUUUCUUCCUGUUCCAAGGAAAUCUCUAAAACUCCUGAAGAUAUAAAUGAAAAUAUUUCAGUAGGCAUUCCCAACAAACAACGUAGUUGUGCUGCUGUAAAUACUCCAGCUGCAUGUGUUAAUAAAGCGAUUAAUCUAAUACAAGAUUUAGAAGUGAAAUUGGAAGAAUCUUUUCUGCAGCAUGAAAUUUUAUAUAACUUGAAAAAACUUCCAUGGGAUUUGGAUGCUAGAACUGUUAAAGAGACUGAAGAGAUCUGUUUAUCAUUCUCUACUGAAGGGAAGGCUGAACAGUCAUUGCACUGGAAAGAUAUUCAGUCUUUAAAGCAGAAAACUUCUACUGUUGUAGCAGAAGUCAUCGAAUUAAUUUCACGAUUAGAAAAUGAGCGUAAAGAUGCUGAAGAAGCCUUAGAGUGUGAGAAGCAACAUAGGAAAAAACUAUACCUAAAUUCAGAUAAACUGUCAUUUUGGAGAUUACAACAGCUUCCCAAAGCUGUUCAAAAAGAAUGGGAGAAAUGUUUGCAAGAUAUAAUAGAAUUACAGUGGCAUUUUGAAGAAAAAAAUGAGCAAUUACAGGAUGCCCAAAAUCAACUGACAAAAAUAGAGGGAGCCAAUUCAGUGAUCCAGAAGCAGAUAAACUUUAUGAAGAAAUACAGCCCUCUGCUGGAAGAAAAGCUAUGUCAUGAAGAUGAUUCAAUGAAAGAAGUAAAAAUAUUAUUUGAGGAGGCAAGCGUUCAGUAUGCUACUGUUCAUCAGAAAUAUUUGGAAGUGCAAAUGUUGCAUGAAGAAAUAAAAGAAGAAUGUGAAGCAAAAAGACUAUAUAUGUUUGAGCAAAUAGAAGCUGAUGAGACUACAUUAAACCAGCUUAGGGAUGAGUUAAAAGAAACUGAUGAGUUUUAUGCUGACACCAAUAACAAGAUACAUAGAUUGAGGGAGGAAAUACUGGAAAAUGAAAAUCACCUUGCAGAACUAAUCAAGCAAGAAGCAGAUACAAGAACUGACUUAAAUUCUUGGCGUGAUAAAGAAAGGCGUUUGAAGUUGAAAAUUUCAAGACAAGAAAGUGAAAACAAACAAUUGCUAGAUGAGUUUUUGAAAGAGAUGAAAGUUAUGGAAGGCUCAAAAUCCAAUAAAGAAUAUGAUCUACAAAAACUGAAGGAUAAGCUUGCAAAUGAUCUUCAGCAGUUCACUAGUUUGCAAAAUGAAAUCCAAUAUCUUAAAAAUGAAAAUGCUGAAUUUAUGUUCAAAUUCAGAGACAGUGCAAGAAGGAAAAUGGGAUACCAAUCAGAAAUUCAGGUUUUGCAGAAAAAUAUUCGUAGGCUGGAAGAACAUUUAAAAAAAGUAAAUAAAGACCUUUAUGCUGCUGAAAUGGCUUAUGACGACGCCAAAACAAAACUGGAGGAUCUGAAUGAAGGCAUUGUUAAAGAAAAAUCACGUUUCAAGAAUUUGGAAGAGAAUAUUAAAAAACAAAUUAGAGAUGAAAUAAGUGCUUGGAAGCUGACUCAGAAAAGAAUUAAAGCACUACAAGCAGAGUUAGAAAGAAAGAAAAAGGAGCAUAGCAAAUUAGAGGAAAAGAUGAAGAGUAAAUUAAAAAAAUAUGAGCUGCAUUCAGCUGAACAAAUAGAAAUACUGGAAAAAAAUAAAGAUGUGCUCAAAGAACUUCUUGAGAAAAUAGCUGAAUUAAAUCAGAAGAUCAAAGAACUUGACGACAAGGAGGGAAAUGUGAAAAACGAAUUAGAAAAUAAGAAGAAAAAUGUUAAGGACCUAUUAGAUGAUAAAAAGGUGAACAUAGAAAAAUAUGCCAAAAUAAAGUCCAAGGAGGAAAAUACUCAGAGAUUAGUUGAUUUUCUCUAUGCCCGGCUGGAUGCUGUUAAAAAAAAAAUAAAGACAGACAACAGAAUAUUUGAUGAGCAACUGUGGAAGAGACAAAAUGAUUUGAAAAUUAAGAAGAUUUCCCUGGAUGAUGUACUGGAUGAAAACCUACGCUUAGCACGCGAGUAUCAGAUGCUGCAGAUAUGCUAUCUAAAUGACAAAAAUCAGCUUAUGGAUUUCUAUGAUCAUAAAGAAAGAGCUGAAGCUGCAUUACGGGAUCAGCAACAGCUCUCUCAGCUGCAAAAGAAGCUGCACAGGCUAUUGGUGGAAUACUUCAAAUUGCAUGCCCUCUAUAACCAAGCCAAGCUCGGGAAGUUGCAGGCAGCCUCUCAUGAGUCUGUUCAGAAAAUAUUAGCUGUAAAGGGGGGAUUAUUAGAGACAGUCCAAAAUACAGACAUUUUCUUGAAGUCUUUGACAGAUGGUUUGUCUACUUAGAAGAUAAUGCAAACAACCACUGUGUCUUGGAUGCUGAAAUAUAAGACAAGAAAAGUCACACAGUUCAGAUAACAGUGUAAUUGGACAUUCACCUGUUUGCCAUUUCACACUUCCAUGGACGAAAAACUCACCACCUCCCAGCAUGCCUUGCCAUUCUCUUACUUACAGCAAAUCCAUAACAAUGAAACAGGUGACUUUCAUGCUGCUGUCAGGAACGAUCUAAUUUCAGCUCUGGGUGACUGAUUGCAAUUGGCUUUGCCUCAUCUGAUAAUUAAUCUAUGUCACCAUUAAUUGGAAGAGAGAAUAAUUACUGGUGGUGUUGACAGUGACUGUACGCUUCCCCAGAUUUCCCCAUUGUGUUGGACCGAAUAAAGGCUUUGCGAUUCAGUACUUAAAGUUUAUGUAAACUGUAACAAUACUGAUGCCCAUGUGACACUUUAAGACUCUGUCUAAUGUACUUUUGUUUUUGUGUUUACCAGUCUUUUUUAGCUCACUGAAAGCUGUCUCCCUCAAUCACUCUUCAAUGUUCUAUCUUAA